GCCGGUUCAAGUACUGCUACGCUAACUGGAUGGCACAACAAGAAGAUGACCUAGAACUACUCUGCCGUACUCUGUCCUCCGACUCCGAUCCCCAUAAUAAUGACGUAAAUCUGCUGGCUGCGGUGGAAUUGGUGUUGGGUCAUCUCCAAGAUUACCUGGAUAAUCGGUCUCAGUCAGCUCGCUGCGAACCGCCGUGUUUGUUCCAACCAUCGUGGUCCACGGAUUUCGAGAAGUCGAUCCACUGGAUGGGCGGCUGUCGAGCCACCAUGUGUGUCAGGUUGGUGUAUGCGCUUUCUGGGUUGGAGGUGGAGGAGGCACCAUUGAUGGAGUAUGUUCGGGGAGGGAGGAGGAGAGAGAAUCUCGGCGAGAUUUCUGAUCAUCAGUUUAAUCUCAUCAAAACCCUCCAAAUUAACACCAUCAGGGAAGAAGACAACCUCUCUGCUCAAAUUGCUACUCUGCAGGGACAUAUUGAAGAUCAACCUUUAUUGAGAAUUGGCAAUUGCUCGAGGGGAAUGGGAGAGUCUAGCAAAUAUGAGGUGAAGAGAGCAAUGGAGAAGUUGUUGAAAGAAGUGAACAAGCUGAAGAUGGACACAAUCAAAGACCUGCUUAUCAAUAUUUUAACGCCAAUUCAGGCGGUCGAACUGCUGAUCGCCUCAAAGAAACUUCAUCUCUUACUCCCUCAAUGGGACAAACAAGACCAGGGACCAAAUCCUUAAUGCCAUGAAGAAAUAGAAGGAAACUACUAGCAUCUCAACCAAAUAAAUGUCCCUUCUACAAAUAAGAAGUAAUAUCAUCACAUAUACAAACAGGACGGCAAUGGGUUAAA